AUGUAUAAGAAAACAAUGAUGUGCAAUCUAAGUUUAUUCAAGUCGCGUGCGAGUCCUGAUCGGUUGUCCUUGCAAAGUGCCCAACGGGAUACUCCACAACAAUCAGUGUUCUGUGAACAGUUGCAACAAUCAAUCAAAAUGCUCAAAUACUUGAUCUUCCUUGCUCUGCUGGCGUUCGCCGCCGCCAAGCCCCUGGUAUACACCGCACCUGUAGCAGCUGCCUACACCGCGCCGGUAGCCGCUGCCUACACUGCGCCAGUUGCCUACUCCGCCUACAGCGCCUACUCUCCCGUUGCAUACUCCGCUUACACCUACGCCGCACCCUACACGUACUACGUUUGAAUGACCCGGACAUGAUACGAGGCUUGAUGAAUUUAUUUAAUGUAAUGUGAUUACUGCAAUUAGGCUAAUAAAUUAUGCCAAAUA